UUUUGGGUCUCCUCAAACUUCCUAUACCUAUAUUUUUCUCCCACUUUCUCACCACUCCUCUACCUUUCCGACAAAAUAAAUCAGCAAAAUGGAGUUUUGUGAGGCUCACAAUGUAACUACUUCACCUGGAUUUUCCUCUGCUGACCCAUUGAACUGGGGCAUGGCUGCAGAGUCACUGAAGGGCAGCCACCUUGAUGAGGUGAAGCGCAUGGUGGAUGAGUACAGGAAGCCUGUGGUGAGGCUAGGGGGUGAGACCCUGACUAUAGCCCAAGUCACAGCAAUUGCGAACCAUGACUCUGGUGUCAAGGUUGAGCUGUCUGAGGAGGCUCGAGCUGGGGUCAAGGCCAGUAGUGACUGGGUUCUUGAUUCCAUGAAUAAAGGAACCGAUAGUUAUGGUGUCACCACUGGCUUUGGUGCAACCUCCCAUAGAAGAACCAAGCAGGGGGGUGCCCUUCAGAGAGAACUCAUAAGAUUCUUGAAUGCUGGUAUCUUUGGAAAUGGACAAGAAUCUUGCCACACAUUGUCUCACUCUGCAACUAGAGCAGCAAUGCUGGUGAGAAUCAACACCCUCCUGCAAGGUUAUUCAGGCAUAAGAUUUGAAAUCAUGGAAGCCAUUACCAAGUUCAUCAACAACAAUGUUACUCCGCGUUUGCCCCUCAGAGGCACAAUCACAGCCUCUGGUGACCUGGUCCCACUGUCCUACAUUGCCGGGCUUUUGACCGGCCGGCCCAACUCCAAGUCGUUAGGGCCCAAUGGAGAAUCCUUGGAUGCAGCUGAAGCCUUUAAGCUUGCUGGGAUCAAUGGUGGAUUUUUUGAAUUGCAGCCCAAAGAGGGUCUAGCUUUAGUAAAUGGUACUGCAGUUGGUUCAGGCUUAGCUUCUAUGGUUCUUUUUGAGGCCAAUGUGUUGGCAGUCCUGUCAGAAGUUUUAUCAGCAAUUUUUGCAGAAGUUAUGCUUGGAAAACCAGAGUUUACAGAUCAUUUGACACAUAAAUUGAAGCAUCAUCCUGGACAAAUUGAAGCUGCAGCAAUUAUGGAACAUGUCUUGGAUGGAAGUUCUUAUAUUAAAGCAGCUCAAAAGGUUCAUGAAAUUGAUCCAUUGCAGAAGCCUAAACAAGACAGAUAUGCUCUUAGAACAUCUCCUCAAUGGCUAGGCCCUCAGAUUGAAGUGAUUCGAACAGCGACUAAAAUGAUCGAACGCGAAAUCAACUCUGUGAAUGAUAAUCCAUUGAUUGAUGUCUCCAGGAAUAUUGCUUUACAUGGAGGCAAUUUCCAGGGGACCCCAAUUGGUGUUUCAAUGGAUAACACUCGUUUAGCCAUUGCUUCAAUUGGUAAACUCAUGUUUGCUCAAUUCUCUGAGCUUGUUAAUGAUUUUUACAACAAUGGGUUGCCUUCAAAUCUCACUGGUGGACGCAAUCCAAGCUUGGAUUAUGGCUUCAAAGGAGCUGAAAUUGCCAUGGCAUCUUACUGCUCAGAGCUCCAAUUUCUUGCCAAUCCUGUAACUAAUCAUGUCCAAAGUGCAGAGCAGCACAACCAAGAUGUUAACUCACUAGGCUUGAUUUCUUCAAGGAAAACAGCUGAAGCUGUUGACAUAUUGAAGCUCAUGUCUUCUACAUACUUAGUUGCUCUAUGUCAAGCCAUUGACUUGAGACACUUGGAGGAGAACUUGAAGCAAACAGUCAAGAACACAGUAAGUCAAGUUGCAAAGAGAGUCUUGACAAUGGGCAUCAACGGCGAGCUCCACCCGUCGAGAUUCUGCGAAAAAGACCUUCUCAAAGUCGUCGACAGGGAAUACGUUUAUGCAUAUGUUGAUGAUCCUUGCAGUGCAACAUACCCAUUAAUGCAAAAGCUGAGACAAGUACUAGUUGAUCAUGCCAUGAUGAAUGGUGAAAAGGAGAAGAAUUCAAGCACUUCCAUUUUCCAAAAAAUUGGAGCCUUUGAAGAAGAACUCAAGACCCUUUUGCCUAAAGAAGUAGAAAGUGCAAGAACUGAAUAUGAGAAUGGUAAUCCAGCUAUUUCUAACAAGAUCAAAGAAUGUAGGUCAUAUCCACUAUACAAGUUUGUGAGGGAAGAACUCGGUUGUAGUUUACUGACCGGCGAGAAGAUUCGAUCGCCCGGCGAAGAGUUUGAUAAGGUUUUCUCAGCAAUUUGUGCAGGGAAGCUGAUUGAUCCCAUGCUUGAAUGCCUCAAGGAGUGGAAUGGUGCUCCUCUUCCAAUCUGCUAAGUUUUUUUUUUUUGUUUGUUUGCUCAUAAAGUCUACACAUGCCAUUGUUGAUUUGUAACUUUCUGUACUUUUUGAUUUCAGUACAAAUGUAAAAUAAAUUUGAUAAGUGUUUAUGAUGUAUCACACGCCUAGAAUUGUCUAA